AUGGCCCCCGCCCCACCGCUCCUCAGCUUCGCCUCCUCCACAACCUCCUCGCGCACCUCCACGCCGCCCGACCCCAACCCCAACCCCGACCCCAGCACCGCGCCCGACACCGACACCGACACCAACGACCCUCCUCUCAUUCAAGCGCCGCGUCCCCCAAACCCGCUACACCCUCUUCCCACCCACGCACACACCCACGCACCCCGCCUCCUCCUUCCCUCUCUCCCCCUCCCCUCCCCCUCCCCCACCGCCGCCCACUUCGCCGACGACGUCGACACCCCCGGCCGGCGCGUCUACGACGACCUCACGGCCAUCGACUGGAUCUUCGAGUACGCCAAAGAGCGCCUGCGCACGCGGUCGCUCUCGGGCCUCGGCCGCCUCCUCGACGCGAGCCAGGUGUGGGUUGUGCUGCUGUGCACGGGUGUUGCGGCCGGCUUGAUUGCCGCGGGGAUCGAUAUUGCGACUAAUUGGUUGGGGGAUUUGAAGCAUGGGUAUUGCGGCGGCGCGUUUUAUCUCAGUAGGAGGUUUUGCUGUUUGGGGCUUGAGGCGGGGGAGACGUGUAGGGAGUGGGUUCCGUGGAGGGCGGCGGUGGGCGCGGCGAGGAGCGGGUAUGUGGUGGAGUAUUUCUUCUAUAUUGUCUUUUCCAUCCUCUUCGCCGCCACAGCCAGCGUGCUCGUCGGCACCUACGCCAUCUACGCAAAGCACUCCGGCAUCCCCGAGAUCAAGACCGUGCUGGGCGGCUUCGUGAUCCGCCGCUUCAUGGGCGCCCAGACACUCAUCAUAAAGUCACUCGGCCUGUGCCUCGCCGUCGCCUCCGGCCUCUGGCUAGGGAAGGAGGGCCCCCUCGUGCACGUAGCCUGCUGCUGCGCCAACAUCCUCAUGAAGCCGUUCCCCUCGCUGUCUAAGAACGAGGCACGUAAGCGCGAGGUCCUCUCUGCCGCCUCCGCUGCUGGCAUCUCAGUCGCGUUCGGCUCGCCCAUCGGCGGGGUCCUCUUCUCGCUCGAGCAGCUCUCCUACUACUUCCCCGACAAGGCCAUGUGGCAGUCGUUCGUGUCGGCCAUGGUGGCGGCCGUCACGCUGCAGUUCAUGAACCCGUUCCGCACGGGCAAGCUCGUGCUGUACCAGGUCAAGUACACGCGCGGCUGGCACGACUUUGAGAUCAUCCCGUUCGCAGUGCUGGGCGUGAUCGGCGGGCUCUACGGCGCCUUCUUCAUCCGCCUCAACAUGCGCAUCGCGCAGUACCGCAAGACCACCAUCAUCCGCAAGUACCCCAUCACCGAGGUGACCAUCGUCGCGCUCAUCACGGCGCUCAUCAACUUCCCCAUCAUCUUCAUGCGGCCGUCGCCCUCUGCGCUCGUCGCAGACCUGUUCCAGGAGUGCUCAAAGACCACCGAAGACCCGCUCGGCCUGUGCGUUGACAAGACCGCGCCGCCCAUCAUCCUGCUGCUGCUCUCCUCCGUGCUCGGCAUCCUCCUCGCCUCCGCCACCUUCGGCCUACAGGUCCCCGCGGGCAUCAUCCUCCCCAGCAUGGCCAUCGGCGCGCUCUACGGGCGCAGCAUGGGCAUGGUUCUGCAAGCCUUCCAGCGCACGCACCCCACCUCCUGGAUCUUCAGCUCCUGCACGCCCGACGUCGAAUGCGUCACCCCGGGCGUCUUCGCCAUCAUCGGCGCCGCCUCCGCCCUCGGCGGCGUCACACGCAUGACCGUGUCCAUCGUCGUCAUCAUGUUCGAGCUCACGGGCGCACUAACCUACGUCCUCCCCAUCAUGAUCGCCGUGAUGCUGUCCAAAUGGGUCGGCGACGCGUUCGGCAAGCGCGGCAUCUACGAGUCCUGGAUCCGCUUCAAGCAAUACCCCUUCCUCGACAACCGCGAGGACCCCGUGCCCGACGUCGCCGUCAGCGAGGUCAUGACCCGCACCGAGGACCUCAUCGUCAUCACCGAGCAAGGGAACACGCUCGCAGCACUCGACGCCCUGCUCGCGACGCAGCCGUACAAGGGCUUCCCCGUCGUCACCGACACGCGCGACGCAGUCCUCGUCGGGUACAUCUCGCGGUCGGAGCUGCGCUCACCGGCGGCGGUGGCGGGGUCGCCGUUCCCGAUGACGCCGAGGGUGCGCGGGGAUGCGGGCGUGGUGGAUUUGAGGGCUUGGAUGGACGCGACGCCGAUCACGCUGGCGCCCGGGGCGAGUCUGUUGUUGGUGGCGGGGCUGUUCCAGAAGUUGGGGUUGAGGUAUGUUUUGUUUGCGCGGCAUGGGGUGCUGCAGGGGCUGCUGACGAAGAAGGAUGUUUUUGAGGUUUUGAACGGGGAGGAGGAGGGGGAGGCGGCGGGGAGGUUGGGUGGUGGGGGUGGGGAGGGGGCGAGGUUGUUGGUGGAGGGGGAGGAGGGGUGGGAUAGAGAAGGGGAAGGGGAGGGGGUGGAGAUGAGGCUGUAG